UUUAGUAAUAAUAAACCUAUAAAGUUAUUAAAAUUUAUAAUUAUUAAUACCCUAUUUAAUAAUAUUAUUUUUUAUAUUUUACUUAUUAAUACUCCUUUUUUAUACUACCUAAAGAAUAUAAAUAAGUUAAGAAUAUAUUUUAAUAAUAUUAAUAACUUACUAAUUAAGGGAGAUAUUAUAAUACUUAUUAUUUAUAAAUAA